AUGACGUCUCACUUGGUCACUUGUGUGACCCUGCUCUCUCUGUGGUACAGCGUGUGUCACUCCACUCCCAUGUUCUACAACAUGUCAGACGGCAGCGGCGACGAAGCAGAGCUGGAGCUGAUCUUCCCCACCUCGUUCUCCACCCGAGCUCCUGUCCACAUCACCACCGCCACUGGAGCUCCAACCUUCACCAACAGCAUCACCACCACCAUGAUCCGCCUCAAGGACUUUGUGCUGACCCGAGUCGUGGACUUCCUGCAGGAGAAUCUGCUCAUUAUCAUCGUGGUGACCUCUCUCCUCAUCGUCAUGGUCUUCAUCAUCUGCUGUGCCACUGCGAUGAGUCACAAGCGAAAGCUGGAGGCCUACAAGCCGCCUGCUAAUCCACCCAGGAAGUACAUGGCUGAUAAAACUUCCAGCAAGAAUUCAGGCGAGCUCCAGGAGAGGCCCUACGCCGUCGACCACGUCAAGAGGGUCCAGACUCAGAGCAUGGCCUCCCCGAAGAACCUGCGCACCCCCUCCAAGGCUCUGGUGGGAGAGAGAGGGAGAGACGUCAGGUCGUCACCUCGCCAGGAGGUCAGAAAAGUCAGGGAGGUUGAGGAGGUGGAAAAACGGAGAGAGGAGCCCAAGCACAAAGAGCAGUCCAAGUACAGGGAGGAGGUGCAGCAGAGUUCCAGCCCCAGCACCAGCUCCAGUCCGCCUGCGUGCACCUGCCACCUGAAAAAGAGCCAUCACUAA